CCUGCCCCGCCAGAAAGCAGCCAGCGCCGCCGCUCCCGGAGCCUCUGCGGGCGGGUAAGAGCGUGGACCUGGGCACCCGUCCUCCGCGACCCUGCUGCCCGCCAUGGCCGCCGCGGCCGCCCCCCGCAGCCUCCUGCUGCUCCUCCAGGUGCUCGGGCUCGCCCUGGCGCAGAUGAGAGGUCCGCCCGGAGAACCGGGGCCCCCGGGCCCCCCAGGGCCGCCGGGAGUGCCUGGAUCUGACGGCAUCGACGGUGACAAGGGGCCCCCGGGGAAAGCUGGCCCUCCGGGACCUAAGGGAGAGCCUGGCAAAGCAGGGCCAGAUGGGCCCGACGGGAAGCCUGGGAUUGAUGGUCUAACUGGAGCCAAGGGGGAGCCUGGCCCCAUGGGGAUCCCUGGAGUCAAGGGCCAGCCCGGUCUCCCAGGUCCACCUGGUCUGCCAGGCCCUGGCUUUGCUGGACCUCCUGGGCCACCCGGACCUGUUGGCCUCCCAGGCGAGAUUGGAGUCACAGGCCCCAAGGGGGAUCCUGGACCAGAGGGGCCAUCGGGGCCCCCGGGGCCACCCGGCAAACCGGGCCGACCUGGAACCAUCCAGGGCCUGGAAGGCAGCGCGGAAUUCUUGUGUCCAACCAACUGUCCAGCGGGGGUGAAAGGCCCCCCAGGGCUGCAGGGAGUGAAGGGGCAUCCUGGCAAACGUGGGGUUCUGGGAGAUCCUGGCCGCCAGGGGAAGCCGGGUCCCAAAGGAGAUGCAGGUGCCUCUGGAGAGCAAGGCAUCCCUGGACCACCGGGUCCCCAGGGCAUCAGGGGCUACCCGGGCAUGGAGGGACCCAAAGGAGAGACGGGUCCUCGUGGGUACAAAGGCAUGGUGGGCUCCAUUGGUGCCUCUGGGUCACCUGGUGAGGAAGGUCCACGGGGGCCACCAGGCCGAGCAGGGGAGAAGGGCGAUGUGGGCAGCCAAGGUGUUCAAGGACCCCAGGGAAUAACAGGCCCAAAGGGAGCAACCGGCCCUCCAGGCAUCGACGGCAAGGACGGGACCCUAGGCACACCUGGCAUGAAGGGCAGUGCAGGACAGGCGGGGCGGCCAGGAAACCAAGGCCACCAGGGCCUAGCGGGUGUGCCAGGCCAGCCCGGGACAAAAGGAGGUCCAGGAGACAAGGGUGAACCAGGCCAGCAGGGCCUCCCUGGAUUCUCUGGUCCUCCUGGGAAGGAGGGAGAGCCAGGACCUCAAGGAGAAAUUGGACCCCGAGGCGUCAUAGGGCAGAAGGGUGACGAGGGUGAGAGAGGGCCUGUGGGGCAGCCAGGCCCUCAAGGACGGCAGGGACCCAAAGGGGAGCAAGGCCCCCCCGGAAUUCCAGGGCCCCAAGGCUUGCCAGGCAUCAAGGGAGACAAGGGCUCCCCAGGGAAGACCGGCCCCCGCGGCAGCGUGGGCGACCCGGGGGUGGCCGGCCUCCGGGGAGAGAAAGGCGAGAAGGGCGAGUCUGGCGAGCCGGGGCCCAAGGGACAGCAAGGAGUCCGCGGAGAACCCGGCUACCCGGGCCCCAGCGGGGAUGCGGGCGCCCCGGGGGUGCAGGGCUACCCCGGGCCCCCCGGCCCUCGAGGACUGGUUGGAGACCGAGGCCUGCCCGGACUGCCCGGGAGACAGGGAGUGGCGGAAAACGCGGAGAGAAGGGUGACCAGGGAGAGAUGGGACGUGGGCACCCUGGGAUGCCAGGGCCCCCGGGGAUUCCAGGACUCCCUGGCCGGCCCGGCCAGGCAAUCAACGGCAAGGAUGGAGCUCGAGGGUCCCCAGGGGCCACAGGAGAAGCAGGCCGGCCAGGCCUGCCAGGCCCCGUGGGGCUGCCAGGCUUCUGUGAGCCUGCAGCCUGCCUUGGAGCCUCAGCCUAUGCCUCUGCACGCCUCACGGAGCCUGGAUCCAUCAAAGGGCCAUGAGCUCGAGGCCAGGAUAGAGCCUGGUGGGCAUCCUGGGGGGAAAGGUCUGGGUUUCCUCUGGGUGGACAUGCAUCCCAGCCCUCAGACCAGGAAGCCACCUCCCCAGGACCUUCCAUCUUGGACCCUGGAGUUCUGAGAAAAAGGAAAUUCUAAAAUAUGGGGGAAGGAGAGGGCGGGCAUUGGAAUGAGAAGGUGAGGCCAACAGACAGGGCAAGUGUCACUGGAGAGUCCCAGCUCCAAAGAGAUGGGUGGCUUUCCUUCCCAGAGCCCAACUCAGAAGUUACCAAAACAAAUGUCUCCUUAAUCUUGCCAUCCUCCAGUGGCCAUCCUCUUUGGGGUGGGUAUACUGAGGUCUCUGAUGGUCCCUGAUCCCACCUCCUUCCCCUGGACUUGCUGGGUGACUGCUGGUGGGUGACUACCCUGAGGUUGCUGUCCUGAAGCCAGCCCCACUACUUCCUCCCUGCCUCCCUCCCAUCUGAGUAUUUAAACACCCAUCCCCCUUCUCUUUCUGGCAUGACCCCCUCCCACCCACCCACCCUGAGAUCCAUGCCGGCCUUUCUGUAAAUAAAAGCCCCUGACUUGG